UGUCACCCUUCGAUAUCACUUACAUUGAACGACUUCAAAAAUAUAUUUUAUGCGCAUGCUCCGUAAUUUCCGCUGAUUGUGGCAUCAUGGCGGUUUUCAGGUUUCAUAGAAGAUCGCUCCACAAUCUCACUGCAUCUUCCUUUUCUAUUUUAUCCAACACAACAUAAAUUUUAUAAGAUAAGAUAUGAGGUUUUUUUAAAAAUACAUUGAAUACACAUGAUUGCUGACGAGAUCGACAAGCUCUCAAAACAUUAGCUAUAACAUGCCAAACAAUAAUAACACACACCGAAAUACGUCCUCGAAUUAUUCUCGUGAAAAGACGAAGAAGGCCAAGAAAAAGGCCAAAGAAAAGAAUGAAAAGAUAGCUAAGACAAAAAAAUCUACCAAAAAUGAAACUCCAAAGCCAACCAAAAACGAGUUACCGAAAAUUAAAAUCACUGCUUUGCAAGAGUACGAGGAUAUAUCGCCUGUUACUGGAGAGGAAAGUGGGUCGGAAACUGAACAAGCAGGUUUUAGCAUACAAAGCUCUUCAACACCUCCUCCCUCUUCUACUUCGAAGAAACAUCGCAGUGACAAAAAGAAAAAGAAGAAAACUAAAGGAAAUGGUAAGACAACAAAAGCAAAGAGUACGAAAGUGAAGUUGGAGAAGAAGCAUGUUAAGACUAGUAAAAGGAAACGAACACCAUCUCCUGUUGUAAAGGAAGACGUAUCCGUCAGUGAAUCUGUGCAUUCUUCAUACUCACCAACAGUUGACAGAAAAGUCAAUAAAAUUGUAAGUCCAUUGAACAUUGCAAAUCAAUCAAAACAUGAUUUUGAACUAAAUAACCAUUCAAGUCCAAGUGAUACAGAGCCAGACAAAAAGAAGAGAAAACAGCUUAAAAAAUCUCGUUCAAGGAGAUCUGACUAUCCUGUUAUUCCAAGAGCUUAUCAAGGAAAUGAGGUAAAUAGCCCAAGCCCUUAUAGAUCACCUGUACCAAAGUAUUCUGUAUCUCCAGAACCCCAACGACAGUAUUUGUAUAGUCGGUCAAGGUCACCCAUGCGACAGAAGAGUCCAUUGUCAAGUAGACCAAGACGGCGUAAUCGAUCUUUGUCAAGAUCACCUUAUAGAACUAGACCAUACAUGUCACCUUACAGGUCUCCUUUUAGAUCACCACCACGAUCCCCUUAUCAGUCACCUCGCAAUUACAGGUCACCAUACUCUCCAUACAAAUCCCCAAUGUACAACUGGUCUCCAGGGCAAUCUCCUGAAGGCUAUCAUGGACGACAUUCUAGAGUAAAUAGACCUCAAUCUCACGGGUAUUCAAACUCAAGAAGUCCAUCACCGCAUAAAUUGAUUAGAUCUGCUGUUAAGGCAAUGAGUAGAAAAUCUCACAGUAAACAAUUGAGUAAAUUGCAACCGCAAGCAGAAUAUGAAUCAGAUAGUAAAUAUGGAACUGUUAAGAAAAACUCAACUUCUCAUAGGAAGCAUUUGUCGUCUCAUCACAACUCAACACAAGGAAGAAAUAAUGAAAAUUCUUACACUAGAGAGAGAGAUAAGUCUCCUGGUAGUAAAAAUAAAUCAAAAAGAGAAAAGGACAGCUCUUCUAAGAAUGAAGAUAUUUCAUACAAAGGUGUGGAUGUUUCACUAUCAAAAAACAAAGUUACAAAUAACAGAGAUAAAGGUACCUCAGUUACAGAGAGAAGUACAAGCAAAACAAAAUGUGUUCCUAAAAAACACAAAGAUGAGAAACAUAAAGAAAAAGAUUCAAUUACUAAGGACAAAGAUACAUGUAGUAAAGAUAAGGAUAGUUAUGAUACAAACAAGGAAAUAAUACAGAAGGAACAUAAUCAACUUAUGGAAAAAGUUACGUAUGAAUCAGAUAGCUCCAACUCAAUAAAUAAAAAGGGCUCCGCAAUAAACAGAGACAAAGAACUUGAUAAAACUUCACCUCCAGGAAGUUCAACAAUUAAAAAUUCUCCAGCCAUGAAAAUUCAAGCGUUAUCAAAUGAGAAAGAGUUAAAUACACAAGACCAAGAUGAAAAAUCACCUCCAUCAUUGCAUAAUGAUAGACUUGAUAUCGAUGUGCCUGCAGAUGAGGCACCUUCAUUACCAAUAGAUGAGAAAGAACCACCAUUACAUGUUGGUAGUGUAGCAUCACCAUCACAAAAAAAAAUAGGAGAUGCCCCACCUCCAUCUUUGCCAAACUCUGACCCUCCUCCACUUCCCCCGGAAGAUGAUGCUCCUACUCAACCAGCUCUACCUCCAUUACCUUUACCUCCUGUUCUUCCAAACUUACCAGAUGAAUCUCCCGAUUCUGUGUUUUCUGAAGAUGCAAAAGGAGCAGAUGCCAUGGCUUUGGAUUCAAAACCUAACACACCAUCAGCUGUUUCUUCACCAGGAAAGUCUGAGGAUGGUUCUGAUGAAGAAGGAGAAUGGGGCGAAAGAUGUGUUGAUAUGUUUGACAUCAUUGCCAUUGUUGGUGAAGGAACAUUUGGUCAGGUUUACAAGGCAAAAGAAAAGGAGACUGGAGAAAUAGUUGCCUUAAAGAAAGUUCGCUUAGAUAACGAAAAGGAAGGCUUUCCCAUAACAGCAGUUCGAGAAAUAAAGAUUCUUCGACAGUUGUCCCAUAAGAAUAUUGUCAAAUUGCAAGAGAUCGUAACUGAUAAGAAAAACGCUAUGGAUUUCAGAAAAGAUAGAGGUGCUUUUUAUCUUGUAUUUGAAUACCUUGAUCACGACUUAAUGGGGAUUCUCGAAUCUGGUCUCGUUUACUUCUCAGAUGAACAUAUUCAGUCAUUUAUGAGACAGCUUAUGGACGGUCUUAAUUACUGUCACGAACGAAACUUCUUACAUCGAGACAUCAAGUGCUCGAAUAUUUUUUUAAAUAACAAAGGAGAAAUAAAACUCGGUGAUUUUGGAUUGGCAAGGUUGUAUAAUGCAGAUGAAAGCCGUCCUUACACUAAUAAAGUCAUCACGUUGUGGUACCGCCCUCCAGAAUUAUUGCUUGGUGAAGAACGCUAUGGACCAGCUAUUGAUAUAUGGAGUUGCGGGUGCAUUCUAGGAGAACUUUUUAUGAAAAAACCGUUGUUUCAAGCUGGUGAGGAGCUUGGUCAGCUGGAACUGAUCAGCCGUAUUUGUGGUAGUCCAACACCAGCGGUUUGGCCUGACGUCAUUAAUCUACCUCAUUUUAAUACAAUUAAGCCAAAGAAACAAUAUAGACGAAGAGUUGUUGAAGAAUAUAUAUCUCUACCUCCUGUAGCUCUUGAUCUUCUGGAUCGAAUGUUGAUUCUCGAUCCAUCGAAGAGAAUAACGUCUGAGCAGUCUUUGGUCCAUGAUUUUUUAAAGGAUGUCGAUCCCACGAAGAUCGCUCCACCCAGUUUUCCUUUAUGGCAAGAUUGUCAUGAGAUGUGGUAAAAACGAAGGCGUCAUAAAGAAGGUAAAAGUCAAGAGGAUAUUUCUCGUUCCUCAUCGAACAAACCAUCCAGAAAAGACUCUUCUAAGUCUUCAAACACGGAGUUGCUUCCUGGUCAGAAAUUGGGGCAUGGAGCAAAUGAUGAAAAGCUGAGCCUGGCUACCGCCGUUGCGCCAAAAGACUCGCUUUCGAAAGUAUUCACGCAAAAAUUGCCCAAUGAACUAGGUGGUGAAGUAUCAGUUCCUCAGGGUGUUUCUCCCGGUGACAUAGCCAGUACAGAUCGUGAUAUUGAUAAUCGUAUAUCUCGCGCAAUCUCAAAUGAGGAAUGUCGACCGUCUGAAUUUGCAAGUAUUGAUUCUUUUUGAAAUCACCGAAUUAGCUAUGAUUGAAGUAGAAUUUGUAUAUUACAGUUUACUGUGUAACGUGUUUAUGACAGUCUGACUAUAUUAUUAUGUACAGAUAAAUAUACACUCAAAGGAAGGAAAUUUACCACACCUAAAUGUUUUGUUCAUAGUCAAGGAAAGGAAACAUAAUUUUAUGUUAAAAAUAUUUGUAAUAAAUUUCUUCCAAGCUCUUGGUAUGGGAAA